AUGGCUUCCAAAUGCCUCAAGGCCAGCUUCUCGUCGGGGUCUCUCAAGGUCCCCGGAGGGGCCGGCGGGGGCUUGGCUCGCGUGUCCACAGUGUUCUCCAGCAGCUCUUGCAAGCUCCCUGGCUUCUCCCGGGGGCCCCAGAGUUUCUCUGCCUGUUCAGUCGGGCUGGGCAAGAGCAGCUGCAGGGCCGCCAGCUGCCUCCCUGCUCUCUGCCUCCCCUCUGGAGGCUUUGCUACCAGCUACAGCCUGGCCGGGGGCUGGUUCGGCGAGGGCAUUCUUACCGGCAAUGAGAAGGAGACCAUGCAGUUCCUGAACGACCGGCUGGCCAGCUACCUGGAGAAGGUGCGGCAGCUGGAGCGGGAGAACGCGGAGCUGGAGAGCCGCAUCCGUGAGUGGUGUGAGCGGCAGGUGCCCUAUCUGUGCCCCGACUACCAGUCCUACUUCCAGACCAUUGAGGAGCUCCAGAAGAAGACCCUGUGUACCAAGUCUGAGAACGCCAGGCUGGUGGUGCAGAUUGACAAUGCCAAGCUGGCUGCAGAUGACUUCAGGACAAAGUAUGAGACCGAGGUAUCCAUGCGGCAGCUGGUAGAGUCGGACAUGAAUGGCCUGCGUAGGAUCCUGGAUGAUCUGACCUUGUGCAAGGCCGACCUGGAAGCCCAGGUGGAGUCCCUGAAGGAGGAGCUGCUCUGCCUCAAGAAGAACCAUGAAGAGGAAGUGAACUCACUGCGCUGCCAGCUUGGUGAUCGACUCAACGUCGAGGUGGACGCUGCCCCGCCUGUUGACCUGAACCGUGUUCUGAAUGAGAUGAGGUGCCAGUAUGAGACCCUGGUGGAAAAUAACCGCCGGGAGGCUGAGGACUGGUUCAACACCCAGACUGAGGAACUGAACCAGCAGGUGGUGUCCAGCUCGGAGCAGCUGCAGUCCUACCAGGCAGAGAUCAUUGAGCUGAGACGUACGGUCAAUGCCCUGGAGAUUGAGCUGCAGGCCCAGCACAGCAUGAGAGAUGCUUUGGAAUCCACCCUGGCAGAGACGGAGGCCCGCUACAGCUCCCAGCUGGCCCAGAUGCAGGGCCUGAUCGGCAACGUGGAGUCACAGCUGGCGGAGAUCCGCUGUGACCUGGAGCGGCAGAACCAGGAGUACCAGGUGCUGCUGGAUGUCCGGGCCCGGCUGGAGUGUGAGAUCAACACGUACCGGGGGCUGCUGGAGAGUGAGGACUGCAAGCUGCCCUGCAAUCCCUGUGCCACGACCAAUGCAUGCGGCAAGACCAUCGCACCCUGCAUCUCCAGUCCCUGCACCCCCUGCGUUCCUGCUGCCCCCUGCACGCCCUGUGUCCCCCGCUCCCGCUGUGGGCCCUGCAACUCCUACGUGCGCUAG